ACAACUAAAAAUUAAACGUUUUAUCUUCAUGGUGCGCUAGUAGCACUAUAUAGGAACAGCUAUAUCAGAUAGUUCAUCAGUCAUAUUAUGGAAAUUGGAUAUGCAAUCAGUAUUUUUCAUAAUCAUUUCACGAAAUAACAAAUUCAGUGGUAUUAUCAAAAUUUGUUAUCACUUUAUUUUUUUACAUUCUCAAAAAACAUAUUGCUUCGUUCAUUAACUUCAUCAACACUUGUCCUUCAUAGUCCGUAUCCUAUAGUAUUUUGAAAUAAUUUAGAAUCAUGGCGACUGCUGAACAUGUAAAACAAGAUAUGCCCCCCAAAGGUGGCUACCGGAAAAUUAAUUUUGCUCGAGUGUUUCCUAAACCAUUUGCCAGCAGUAGAGCAUUGGUUGGUACAUAUACAGUUUGCACUGGAAUUGGCUGGUAUUUAUAUCUUUUAAAUGAUCGACAAGUUGAUAAGUAUCAAGUUGAAUCACGCAGUUCAAUUAUUGCUCUAACACCUCUUUUAGAUGCUGAAGCAGACAGAGAAUAUCUAAAACAAUUAAGAAGAAAUCGUGAUGCUGAAGAAAAAUUAAUGAAAAAUGUCAAAGGAUGGAAAACGGGUACUUUAUAUGGUGAGCCUAUUUACAAAACAGUUGAUAAAAAGGAACUCAUUGAACCUAGCAUGAAUGAGUACUAUGUACAUGCUCCUGAUAAAGUUUUGUAUGACCGAGCUUACUGGCAUAAAUAUUUAUAAACAAGUAUUUAUGCAAUUUCUACAAGAAUAGAAGUUAUUACAAUACUAUCAUAUUACAUGUGUUUAGAUUCAAUAAAAAAAAAACUUGUA